GAGGAGAAAAAAAUGAAUGCAACCUACAUCAUCAGUAUAGCAAGGAAGCUUGGAUGUUCGAUAUUUUUGCUUCCCGAAGAUAUAAUCGAGGCAAACCAGAAGAUGAUCCUAACAUUGACAGCAAGUAUUAUGUAUUGGAUCUUAAAACAACCUCUGGAAGAGAGGUCCUGUGGAUCUUCAGAUAGUGAGAGUGGAAGCAUUUUAGAUACGACCUCGAACUCGACUACAGACGAUACGGCUUCAGAAUCAUCAACAGAUGAUAACAGCGUUAAAUAAUGAUAAGUGGAACUUUAAGUAACUUUAGCCAAAAGUUUCAUCUGCUGAUUCUUAAUGAAUUUUUGGUCAUUACAGUGUACUUGAGUUUGUAGAAUAGAUGAUUUUUUAGUGCAGUUUUGCAGAAGCAAUUGCAGCAUGUGUGAAUAGUCAUAAAACAGUAUUUGGAUUGAGAGGAUGUACACCUUUGCUCAUAAAUUUGAUGUUUAUUGCAAUUUUUAGUUGUUA